UAUUUAGAAUUAAAAAAAUUGUACGAUAUUCCUAGUACAUGAACUUUAACUUUUCACUCCAAACACAAAUAUAAUAACUUAGACAAAAUAACUUUGCAUCUUGAACAUAGAUAUAAAAACUUUCCAAACGUAUAAACAUCCCAGAACAUAUAAACUUCAGGUAUAUAUAAACUUCAUAUAUAUCAUAUCUCAACUAAGUGCCCAAAUAGCUUCACAAAGGCUCUUUUAACCCCCCUUUUUUUUCAAUAUACCUUCCAAACUAUUGUAGCCUACAACCCGUUUCAAAUUGGAGCCUCACCUGAAAUUUAUUUUGAGAAAUUCUGUCUUUUAUAUUAAUUUUCAAUGGAAUAAAUUAAAAACCCUGAGUUAAUAUCUCAAUUGAAAAUUACAUAAAUGCUUGAUGGUUAUUUGCGAUGAUGAAAUAUUACGAAAAUAUGUAUGUAUUAAUUACUGUAGCUUGUACCUAUUUUUCAAUUAGUCUUAUAUCCUACAAUUCCUAUGAAUAAAGUCCCAAUUUCACUAUUCGCCAUUGCAAAAGCUUAGAUAAAAUGAAUGGUUGAAUUUAUUCAGUAAAGUGUAAACCUACAUAUGAAUCUGUUUGUUUUUGGAUAAAUUCUAUUUUAAUCCACUCUUAUUGAAGAAGAAGAAGAAGAAGAAGAAGAAUGUUUAGUUUUUAUUUGUAAUAAAGUAGAUUCUGUAAAGAAAAUAAAGUUGCAUUUUGAAGUUGUAAUCCACUUUAAUUUAUGUUUUGUGGUUGAAUGAAAAAUUGAUGAACUGUUAAAAAAGAAAAAAAAAAAAAAAAAAAGGAAUGCACAUCUAAAUCCGGUUACGUGGACGUAUUUAAGAAUUAAAUCUUGAUUAAUUAUCAUAGAUACGACAUAUUAAUGUCGCCUUUGAGCUCCAUCUGUUAGACAAAACCAAGUCAACUGAAUAGAAAAACAAUAGAAUCCCGAUUCGAAUGGGAAAAUAGAACCUAAAAGGUAAAAGAAAUCAAUGAAGAGAUUUAAAAAGAAAAAAAAAAAGGAAAGAUUAGAAAAGUAGAAAAAUAGUGGUUUUGAACGCUUCCACCUUCCCUUUUUAAUUUGUGAAUGAUGAUGAUGAUUAACAACAACAAAGGAGCUUUCCCUUGAAAUUGAAACUUUCAAAAGGCUCCCAUUGAUUGCUAAAAUUGUGAUUCACGCUUUCAAUUGGAUUUUUCUUUUUAUCAACUUCUCCUUUGACCCAUCAAUUUUCAUUUCCCCCAUUUUUUUUCUUCCUUCUUUCUCCAUUCCCAUACUCAUACACCAUACCAUACUCUCUCCUUUCCCAUUUCAAUUGCUUCUAUUCCAAUGUUGGAUUUGCAAGAAUACUUGUGGGGAUUUUCCCUUCUCUCUCUCCUUUUUUGUUCUCUUCAUGGCUUAUUAACAAAAGCCCUUCCCAUGGCCAUUUCUCUCUAUUCUCCUUCUUCCUCUGCUUUUCCUCCUCCUCCUCCUCCUCCUCCUUCUCCUAUUUCUUGGGUUACCCAUAUGCUCCUCCGAACUCGCAAUAAUCCCUCCCAACAAAAUGCUCAGCCUCCCAACAAAACGCACGAGCAACCAAUAGAUCAUUCCACCACCACCCUAAUUCCACACAAAAUGUUUAUGGAAGUGCCGGAUUCUUUGACAAUGGCGAAGCCCCUUGGGGCUUCUAAUAAGUUUAGGAAAAGACCUGCAAAGCUGGUGCUUCCGGAAUAUUGUCCUGGACCGGAAUUUUCAAAACUUAGGAAGAAAAUGGAGAUUCAGGAAUUCCAUGUCCAAGGCAGAGAUUACUGUUUGGCGACCAAGAAAGGAAGGCGAGAAACGUUGGAAGAUGCUUAUGGAGUUAUGCUUGAUAUUUUCGGAGAUUCCAAACAGGCUUUCUUCGCUGUAGUGGACGGACAUGGUGGUCGGGAUGCCGCCGAUUACGUGGUGGAACAUUUAGGGAAGAACAUCAUAAACGCUCUUGAGAAAAUUGCUGGUGAGGAAGAAAAGGCAAUCGAAUCCGCAAUUCGCAGAGGUCACAAACGCACAGACGAGGAGUUCCUUAGUCAGGGCGUAGGUAGUGGAGCCUGUGCGGCGAGCGUGCUGGUGAAAGACGGCGAGCUUCAUGUGGCAAACGUCGGAGAUUGUCGAGUAGUAUUGAGCAGAAACGGGGUGGCGACGCCAUUAACGAAGCAGCACCGACUGUGUCGAGAAGAAGAGCGGGUCCGGAUAGAGAAGUCGGGAGGGUUUGUGGAGUGCAAAAAUGGAGUGUGGAGAGUUCAAGGAUCGUUGGCGGUGUCGAGGGCCAUUGGAGAUUUGCAUUUGAAAGAAUGGGUGAUUUCAGAGCCUGAAAUUCAUCGUCUUCCUCUAACUCCUGAUUGCGAGUUCUUGAUAAUGGCGUCUGAUGGACUGUGGGAUAAGGUAAAAGAUCAAGAGGCAGUGGAUGAAGUAAUGAGGGAAAUGGGAGAUGAGAAGAAUAAGGAAGCAAUGAAGGCAUGCAAAAUGCUAAUGGAAAUGUCAUUUAGAAGAGGAAACAUGGAUGAUGUCACAGUCAUGGUCAUCCAACUUCACCCCUACUUCAUUUCCAUUUAGUUAAAAAAGUAAAAGUAAAUAUAAAAUUUAAUUUAAUUUUAUAUUAAAAUCACCUUUUUUAUCUUAUUUUAUUUUAUUUAUUUUGUUCUUUAUCUAUUAUUGUUAUUGCUGCAUCACACACUUCCCUUGGCUAACAUAACAAGCCAACUACUUUCAUCUCUCUGCCUACAAUUUUGUAUCAACUACACAAACACACUAUUAUUUUCCUCUUCUUUUUUCCCUUUUUUUUUUUUUGGAUUGUACAUAAAUGAAUUAAAUACUGGAUACUACCACACUUCCACUUCCAAUUGGGUGCUUUUGUUUAUUUUCAUACCUUUUUUUUCUUUUUCUUUUUUAUAUGACCAUAUGUAUAUAUAUACAAUGAUUUCAUGCCAUAAGUAUUCUCAAAUGAGAUAUUAUGUCCUAA